CCCCCAACAAAGUGUUUUUGUUACCAACGUUACCAGUUAACGCUACAGUACCGUAGCUGACAAACGUUAGCAACAUAACUGUUGUUUUCGUUUUAACUUGCUAUCUUCAACUGGUUUUGAUGAUUUAAUUGAACGGGAAAUCAACUAGGUAACUACAAUGCAUGACGCUUACGAACCGGUCCCUAUCCUGGAGAAACUGCCUCUUCAGAUUGACUGUCUUGCUGCUUGGGAGGACUGGCUUCUGGUUGGGACUAAACCAGGUCAUCUCCUGCUCUACAGGAUAAAAAAGGAUGCAGGUACCAACAGGUUUGAGGUGACGCUGGAGAAAUCCAACAAGAACUUCUCCAAGAAGAUCCAGCAGCUGUUUGUUGUGUCACAGUACAAGAUCCUCAUUAGUCUGUUAGAGAACAAUAUCCAUGUCCAUGACCUUUUGACCUUCCAGCAGAUUACUGUGGUCUCCAAGGCCAGAGGGGCAACGCUCUUCGCCUGUGACCUGCAGCAGUCCCCGUCGGGAAGCUCAGCUGAGGAUGUGUGUUGCUGUGAAGAAGAAGCUUCAACUGUAUUACUGGAAGGACAGGGAGUUCUACGAGCUGCAGGUAAGGCCGGAGUUCUACGAGCGGCAGGUGAGACGGGGAGUUCUCCGGCGGCAGGUGAGACGGGGAGUUCUACGGCGGCAGGGGACUUUGCUGCUCCAGACAUCCCUAAGUCCAUGGCCUGGUGUCAGAACUCCAUCUGUGUUGGCUUCAAGAGAGACUACUACCUCAUCCGG